CAAUUUUUCAUGCCUCUACUUCCAAAUUCCAACUGAUCUCUCCGGAGCUCAGCUUCCUGCCGACUUCCACCCCUGUCUCUGUUCAUAAUCACAUGUCUUCGCUCAUCGCGGCCGCGGGUCACCACAAAGUCAUUCGUCGGCACUCCAGGCUCUCGGCGAUGAAAAUUUUCACCUCCGACUCGCCUCCUGUUUUUCCAAGUAGCUUCUUUGCAUCUAAAGUAAAUUACGCCCUCAAGCUGAAGGAUUCCACAAAAUUUCUGCCUUCUCGUCGUUUGUUGGCUCGACCAAGUUCGAGACGGGGUCCCGAUUUCAGUCCGGCUGGGGACGAUGGCUUCCUCGGCGACUCUAGGGAUUGGAGCCGUUCGAUUGGUAGGUCGGCGUUGGUAGAAGACAGUUACGGCGAUGAUGUUGAUUAUGAAGAGGAAGAAGAGGAGGAGGAUCGAAGUCUCGAUCUGUUCGUGAAAUUCGUUCAAAACGUAUACCGAAAGAUUGCUAAACGAGCGAGGAAGGCCCUGCGGUCAAUUUUGCCAGCCAUCAUUUCUUCUAAACUGGUAGGGUUUUCGGUCGAUGGGGUGAUAGUGCUUGCGUUCUUGUGGGUUCUGAAAGCGUUUCUUGAGAUCCCAUUUGUGGUUUCUGAUUAGGCCGGUCUGAGAGCAGGUGGUUUGUACGCUUGGAACUGUGGUCUUCGUAAGUAUUCUACUGACUCGUGUUGUAUGGACCGGCGUGACCUAUUUACAAGAAAGCCAUGUACUUAGGAUGAAUGGGCAAGAUGAUGAUCCGCGUGCUUGGACUGGUUCAAGGUCAGCAACUUGAGGGGCUUCUGGCUUGUUUGAUACCUUUCAUUGUUGAACUACAUCGAUUCUUUUGCUCAGCGAGACAUCAGAUCUUAUAGAUGGAAAGGCGUCAACUGAAGACACUGCCAUUAUCCCAAAAAGAGGUAUGAUGGUUGCAGUAGGGGUUUAUGGUCUUGCUAGUAGCAAAUAAUUACUCUUCCUGAAAAAUUCUUUCUUUUGCCCGCUGUUAUAGCAUCUGAUAUGGAAUACAGAGAGUAGUGUAUAUGAGAACAGGAUAGUGCAUGGAAGAACAUUUGUCCAUCUCCACCCUUGUCAUGUCAGAAGGAAAGACGAAUUCCAAUUGCUAAUGUCUAUUUGGUCAUAUGAUAUACAAGU